AUGGUUCACAGCAGCAGCAGCAUCUGCAGAGUUGCCCUGCUGGUACUCUUCAGCCUCCUGGUAGCCUUCGUCCAUGCAGACACUGUUUCAGACACUGCCCCAGCAACUAGGGACAACCAAGAUACCGUGUCUGGAGAUGAGCCACCCAGCGACACCACCCCCAAAACCCACUACUUAACAGACCAUCCCUCCACCAUCGACUAUGAUGAUGCCACAGAAGUUUUCAACGAAGAGGAAGGGGCCAUGGGGCCAGGGGCCAUCACAGCCAUAGUUAUAGCAGUCUUCCUGGGAGCAUCUGUCCUCCUCGCUCUCAUCGUCAUCACACUCAGGAAGUUCACCGCCUCCUAG